AUGCGUUCUUUGUGUAGUCACCAAGAGCCCGACUGUACCCCCAGGAAUGAUGCUGAGUCGGGCAAGGGCUUCAGGGCUGUGCCAUGGCUGCCGGCAGGAUUUCCAGGUCUUCUUCGAGAAUGGAUUCUGUGGACCGGCUGUCACGCUGAGGAAUCGAUCAACGCCGUUAUCUCUGCGUUGGCGAAGGACAUUGGCACCGCGACAACAUCUCAGACCUUUACCAAAUUGGAAAAUGAACACACAUCCGCAGUCGACCUCGACCCGGAACAACUGGAAGUGUUGCAAGAGUUGGAAAAGGCCCUGGGGCGGCCCAUAAACGAAGCAAUCGACGAAGAUCGCGCAGGCGGUACUUCCAUAAAAGAUAUCUUCCCAGACAAGCAAAUAGACGUGGACGAUGCUUCGGAUGUGGUCGACGGCACGAGUGAUGUGCUUGCUGCACUGCGAGCCUCUGGUGCGUCCGCUGAAGAGAUUGCACGAGAAGCGAGGCAGCUCUACGGGGACAGGCUCCCUUCUGUUGCUCUAGGGCCCGAGGAGUUGAGGAUGUACAAACGGCUUUACGGAAGUCCUAUCUCAGUGUCUUACGAAGAGUUCCUCGAUGAGGAGGAAGCAAGCACCGUCACCGAAGUUCGAAACCAGCUCCUGGACCAGGACGGCGAGCCAAUCGAUUACCAUUCAGAGCCAGCUUCUUUGGCACGAGUGGAAGUGAUUCAAGAAGAGGAGUCCACAGGCAAUAUCCUAAAGCCUGCGCAAGGUGGCAUUGAUCUCGGUCUGGGCAGUGAGCACAAUCCAGCCCUUUCGGCGUCAGCUGAAGAAAGAGCAGCACAGAUAGCUCGGUUGCUGAACGGCGAGAUUGUCCAAGAUUUUCAACAGGAGGAGAAUCAGGAGGAAAUCGAGGCGGAUGAGGAUGAGCAAGAUCAGAGUAUGCGACAACAUCCGUUUACGCGGCUUGGAAAGUUCGCAACUACACCUAGCAGCGUCCUCCUUUCGCAAGAAGACUUUGUGCAACCCGUGCAGAAAAUCAUGAGCGGAUACUCCAACAAGCAUUUGAAAGAGAUGUGCGAAAAGACCUUUGGGGGACCCGGCCUUCCUGAUUCUCCAUUGACACCCAGAUCAGGACGAUCGAGACAGCAGUUACCCAUCCCUCUUGAUGCUUCUCAACAUCUAAUGGGCGAGAUGGAAGCGAACGCAUUCAUCACCACCAUUAUGCCACCCACGUACGCCGCCAUCAUGGCUGUUCUGGUUGAAACACGCAAGCGACUAGGCAGUACUUGGUUGAACAAUCUGUUUGUGAAAGAAGGUGGACCACGAGUACUCGAUGCGGGUGCUGGAGGGGCUGGUAUUCUAGCCUGGCGCGAAAUCGUCAAGGCCCAUUGGGAUUCGUUGCACUCGUCUGAUCGCGACCCCGUUCCUUCACCCCCUCCGACGAAAGCUGUCGUCCUCACUGGUUCAGAUACACUGAGACAUCGGGCGGCCGCCCUUCUGGAGAAUACAACCUUCAUCCCACGUUUGCCCGAUUAUGUACACACCCGUGAUGCGCCGACUCUGGAAGACGAUCGACCUGCACAACAGCGAAAGCAAUUCGACGUGAUCAUUGCACCCCAUACACUCUUUGGAUUGCAAGAAGAUUACAUGAAAAAGCAACACGUGCAAAACCUUUGGUCUAUGCUCAGCCCCGAAGGCGGCGUUCUGAUUUUAAUCGAAAAGGGUAUACCCCGAGGGUUUGAAGCGAUAGCCGGGGCAAGAGAACUGCUUCUCGAGAGGUACAUUGCUGUCCCAGAAGGGCGAGUGACAGCAUACAGCAAGUUGCACAAUGCUGCAGAAGACAUCCACACACGAGAAACUGGCAUGAUCGUCGCGCCGUGUACGAAUCAUGAAAAAUGCCCAAUGUACAAUAUCCCCGGCCUUUCAAAGGGGCGGAAGGACUUUUGCAGUUUUCAACAACGGUACAUACGACCGAGCUAUCUGCAGCGAGUUCUUGGCGCAAAAGAUCGCAACCAUGACGACGUGGAUUUCUCGUACAUUUCAGUGAUGAAAGGGGAAGACCUGCGUGAGCGUCAAGUUCAAUCCUGGCAGGGACUGGAAGAUUCUCUUGCUGCCCCUCGCCAUCCAGAUCUGCAGCUUGCAGCACAGGAUUCUCAGAACUGGACUCAACUCUCUCAGAAUGGCUUUGAGGAGUUGCAUCCAACCAGUAAUCUCACUGAUGCUCCCUCGAUAUUCGCAGACGCGGACAAAGUUCCUUCGACUUUGCCCUCCACACACAACCUUCCACGCCUGGUUUUUCAACCGAUGAAACGUCGGGGCCAUGUGCUUCUCGACGUUUGCACACCCUCUGGGAAGAUUGAGCGCUGGACUGUUCCCAAAUCUUUCUCAAAGCAAGCCUAUCGUGAUGCGCGGAAGAGCCAAUGGGGCGACCUGUGGGCUUUGGGUGCCAAAACACGCAUACCGAGGUCCUUGAGGCUUGGUGGCGAAGACACGAAAGAGGCAAAGAAGGCGAGAGGACGCAAGGAGCGGUUGAGACAGCAGGCGGAAGAGUUGAUGGAAAAGAUGCAUGAGGAGCAGUUGGAGGAAAUGGAAGACCAAAAGCAAAUGGAACGGGCUUUCCGAGAGGGGAGAAUUCCCAGUGAAGUCGACGAUGAAUUCCACAGUGGGGAUGCAGCAGGAAAGGCGUCCCGGCCGGGCAGGAUCAGACGUGAAAAAGCCUCCAACGGUGUUGAGAGCUUCACUUUUGACGAUAUCGACCACGACGCCCUCAAUCCGCCUCUCUUCCCCUCAAUGACGAAAACCCGGACAGCGACCUCGAUCUCACAUCCUUUGUCCACGCAAUCACAGUCCUCCGCACCAGCAGACCAAGACGAACAGGGAGACCUUACCGUCGAAGAACUCCAGACCCUACGGGAAUGGGACGAGCAACUCACAGCAGGGGAGGCUGCCGUGCCGACAAAGGGAGGGAGAUCAGUCCGGCGAUAUUCCAAGUUUGCGCCCAGGGGUAUGAAGACGGCGCCGAGGAAGAGCGGGAAAUUCAGAUGA